AGAAGAAGAAGAAGCAGCUGGAUGUACCUCGCUCUGCAGCUUUCAGCCCGUUUAACAUAACGCGUCUAUUUAAAACUUCUUCCCGCGCCUGAAUAAGUAUUUUAUAAAACACGCAACUCUGCGUUUCUGUCGGGCUCACGUAACGCGUCACCAGCACCUUUAAAAAACGUGAAAACGUGUUGAAUUUGACGUUUUAACCGUCUCUCUGCUUUUCGGCUUCUGCUAGAUUACUGGAAGCUACAACAAACACCCGUACUGGUGUCUUGUGUCUCAUAAACAAGUUAAUAAUCACGAUACAGACUGUUUCAUGGAUACUGGCGGUAUUUAUGAGCACACCACCGUAAUGCCCCGUUUAAUCCAGCCUCUCCUGCAGAACACCAUCUGACAAAUCUCUGUUUUAGCCCUGAUUCAUCAAAAGCUCCUCCUGACGCCGAGUUACAGUACAGAAAGAAACUGUUAACUACCAACAGCUGUUAAAUACAGUUUAAAUAAAUCAUUAAGUCUCUCGGUACCGGCCACAGUUCAGUCAGGACCGGUUCACCUGUCCCACCUGGUGAACACAUGGAGCAGUACAGUAUUCUGGGUCGGGUCGGAGAAGGAGCCCACGGCAUCGUCUUCAAGGCCAAACACAUCGAGACGGGAGAGACGGUGGCUCUGAAGAAAGUGGCUCUGAGGAGGCUGGAGGACGGCAUCCCCAACCAGGCUCUGAGGGAGAUCAAGGCCCUGCAGGAGAUCGAGGACAACCAGCAUGUGGUGAAGCUGAAGGACGUCUUCCCUCACGGUACGGGCUUCGUCCUGGUGUUUGACUUCAUGCUCUCUGACCUCUCUGAGGUCAUCAGGAACUCUGAGCGACCUCUGACCCCGGCCCAGGUCAAAGGUUACAUGAUGAUGCUGCUGAAGGGCGUGGCCUUCCUGCAUCACAACGACAUCAUGCACCGGGACCUGAAGCCAGCGAACCUCCUCAUCAGCUCCUCGGGUCACCUGAAGAUCGCAGACUUCGGUUUGGCUCGACUGUUCAGCGAUCAGGGAGGCAGGCUGUACAGCCACCAGGUGGCCACCAGGUGGUACAGAGCUCCUGAGCUGCUCUAUGGAGCCAGGAAGUACGACGAGGGAGUCGACCUGUGGGCCGUGGGCUGCAUUUUCGGGGAGCUGCUGAACUCGUCUCCUCUGUUUCCUGGAGAGAACGACAUUGAGCAGCUCUGCUGUGUCCUCAGAGUGCUGGGAACCCCGACCCCGGACAGCUGGCCUGAGAUAGUCGAGUUGCCAGAUUACAAUAAAAUCACCUUUAAGGAGAAUCCAGCGAUCCCAUUGGAGGAGAUCGUCCCUGACACGUCCCCUCAGGCCGUCGACCUGCUCUACAAGUUCCUGGUCUACCCGUCCAAACAACGCUGCUCCGCCAGAGAGGCUCUCCUCCAUCCAUUCUUCUUCUCCUCUCCACUUCCUGCUCACCACUCAGAGCUGCCCAUCCCUCAGAGGGGGGGCCGACCCCCCCGCCAGCGUCUGCAGGCUCCGCCCACUGACUUCUCGGUGGACCUGCCCCUGCAGAGCAGCGUGGUAGACCCUGUGCUGCUGAGGGGACACGCCUGCUGCCUCUGAACGACCGACCGACCGACCAAUCAGCUUCCUCCUUCAGUGACGCUCUGCUGACUCGUCACGCUAAACAAAUGUUCGCUCUCAAGCAAGAAUAAAUUCUUUCUGAAUAAAAA